CAAAAGUAUUUUGUGUAAUGUGAUAGAAUGAUAUUAAAAUGUGUUGUUAAAUUUAUCAGACAGUUUAUAUUUUGAUUGUUGUGACUAUUUGUGUUAUGUUGUAAUAUUUACCGGUCCAAGUCGAUUAAUUGACUCGGGAAAUCAUAACAUUUCAUUCAAAUAAGUGGUGUUUAUGUUCGUUCAUUGGAUGUUGCCGAAGUGACAUUAAUCUUUUACACUGUUUAUUUCGUUAAAUAAAUUAAAGUGUUUAUUCAUUUGUGAGUUAGGCAUUCAUCAGUUCUUCUGAGGGAUUUCCUUCCUAGAUUGCUUGGGUGCUGGGGGCGGUGGUGGCGCAGGCGCACGACAGUCUGCUCGUCGUCGUCACGUCGUGUGGUUGAGUAGUCAGUGUCGCGCGGUUCGCGGCUAUGGUGGCGGUUAUGUGUGUGUCGCUGUGAGUGUCCUGUGCUUGUGGUAGGCCUACACCAUGGACUGGAGACCAGUGGCUCUGCUGGUCACGCUGGCCGCCGCAGCGUUCUCCGCAUGGCAGGACGUCGUCAGGCCAAAGAUGUUCGUUCAAAUAGGGGCCGAGGACGUCUAUCGGUUUGUCGGCAACACUUCCAGUGUUGAUUAUUUUCGACUAGUCGUCAGAGACGGGAAUUCUCUUCUUGUCGGAGGAAGGAAUCUCGUGUACAACUUGAGUAUAGCUGACCUCGCAGAAAACCAGAGGCUGAUAUGGUACUCGCCCGAGGACGCGGUCAAGAUGUGCGUCAUGAAGGGAAAAGACGAGGACAACUGCCAGAACUAUGUCCGCAUCCUGGCAGUGAUGGCUCCAGGCAAACUGUUGGUUUGUGGCACCAACUCCUUCAAACCCAUCUGUAGAGAAUACUCAGUGCAGACGGGAUCGUACACGUUAGACAAGGAGAAGCCGGGACAAGCGGUGUGUCCUUACGAUCCUCAUCACAACAGCACAGCAGUCUUUGUUGACGGAGAUUUGUACACUGGCACAGUGGCAGACUUCGCUGGCAUGGACCCCAUCAUAUACAGAGAACCGCUACAGACUGAACAAUACGACUCUAUGAGCCUUAAUGCGCCAAAUUUUGUAAAUUCACUCACCCACGGAGACUUUGUUUACUUCUUCUUUAGAGAAACAGCUGUAGAAUACAUCAAUUGUGGCAAGGCUGUUUUCUCGAGAGUUGCCAGAGUAUGCAAGUAUGAUCGCGGAGGUCCGCAUCGCUUCAGGAACCGUUGGACUUCGUUCCUCAAAUCUCGCCUCAACUGUUCGGUCCAAGGAGACUUUCCAUUUUAUUUCAACGAAAUACAAUCUACGACGGAGCUGGUGGAAGGCACGUACGGCUCGGUGUCCCGUCAGCUGAUGUACGCAGUGUUUACGACAGCGGCUAACAGCAUCGGAGGCUCGGCUGUCUGUGCGUUCUCCCUACAAGACAUCAGUGACACCUUCGAAGGCAACUUCAAGGAGCAGUCGGAACUCAACUCUAACUGGCUACCAGUACAGAGCAUGAAGGUACCAGAUCCGAGGCCGGGUCAGUGUGUCAAUGACUCGAGAACUUUACCAGAUUUGACUCUCAACUUCAUCAAGACUCAUUCUCUCAUGGACGAGUCGGUGCCUUCCUUCUUCAAACAACCGAUCGUCAUUCGAACCAGCUUCAACUACCGUUUCACACAAAUAGCAGUGGAUCCACAGAUCAAAACUCCGGGGGGCAAAUCGUAUGACGUCCUCUUUAUUGGAACAGACACGGGCUACGUGUUGAAGACGGUCAACGCAGACUCUGCAGACACGAUAGAACGUGUCAGUCCGGUGGUGAUCGAGGAGAUACAAGUGUUUCCUCCGAACGUGUCCAUCCGCACGCUGAAGGUGGUGCGGGGAGACAACAUGGAGGGUCGGCUGGUGGUCGUGUCUGACACGGAGGUCAUCUCUAUCAAACUACACCGCUGUGAUAAAGUCGUCUCAGGCUGCAGCGAGUGUGUGGCCCUCCAAGACCCGUACUGUGCGUGGGACAAGAUCUCCAGCAAGUGCAAGUCGGUGGGCGCGCCGCGGUGGAGCGAUGAGAAGGUCUUCUAUCAGAGCAUCUCUACAGGAAUACACAGCCAAUGUCCAGCAAGCAAAGUAAUGAGUCCCAGAGAAUACACAGGCAAAGAUCCCAACUCUCCUUCACACAUGGACAACGACCGUCUGGGCAAGGACAUCCACAAGGGGUCGAUCAUCAACAUCCGAAACAAGGUGGAAGAAUCCGACCCUGGUCCGUCCAUGACCACCGUGGACACCUCCCCAGCCCAGUACAGUCUAGAGACGCUAGCGAUGGUAGUCGUGGCUGCGUCUCUAGCCGCACUCCUCGCCGGGUUCGUCACUGGCUACAUGUGUGGCCGCAAGUGUCACAAGGACGAUGAUGACAAUCUGCCCUACCCAGACACUGAGUACGAGUACUUCGAGCAACGCCAGAAUGUCAACACUCGGCGUCUGGCGCCGGAACCCAAGCUACUGGCACAGGAGGAAGUGACGUACGCAGAACCUGUGUUAGUCGCCCCCAACAAGCCUCUCAACUCACCCAAGGCGACUCUGCGCAAACAGGACAACAUGUUCCAGUUCCAGGACGGAUACAACGCUCCACCGUACCAACGGCCGACCAACAGAGACCACUUCGGCACCCUCAGGUCCCAGCGCGACGCUGCCAAGAAUGAGGCUGCAGGCAUGGGCUACCGUGACGGGUUCGGCACGACUCGCAGUGUCAAGAAGGUGUACCUCUGAGAGACAGGGGAGGAGGGGGGUCGCAGUCUACCCGGGAGAGCUAGGGGGGGGCGCAGGGGGCACCAUCCUCUCGCCACCACCACGCCCCCCUCCAGUUCAUCUCCCUCUCCCCCCUCCUCCAGUCCCUCUCCCCCCACCACGCCCCCGCCGUGCAGUUACAUCUACCGCACCUGAACCGCAGUUUGCUCCUCACUGUUGAAUGGACUAUAUUUUACUGCUCAGAUGUAGGGAGGAAGGCCAGGUCGAAGUGGUAGAGUAUAUUUUUAGAGCGUAAAGGGUUAAGGAUCAGUUGCGGUGUGGUUAUUUUUGACGUAAAACAUUUGUACGCUAGGAUAGUUUUCCUGUCCGGUUUCGUGCGCUACUUUUGAUGGGCUUUUUUCGUACAAUUUCCCCCGUAUGUUAUCGGUCCGCCCCUUUUGAAGGGUCACUACUGGGUUCCCUGCUUUUUGUAUUAUUGAUUACGUUUUGUUAUCGUGUGAGGCAAAGCUUUUUGUGUGCGAGUAGAAGGAUAUAUUUAUCUAGUUAGUUACGACGCCAUUUGUAAAUAAAAGAUAUAUUUGCGGAUUAAGAUGCGUGCCGAGGCACGGAUACUUUACACCUUUCUCCAUUGCUUUGCAUAUUUAUGUGUAAACAUUGUAAUAUAGAGUUUCUAAGUUACAAAAGUACAUAGAACAUAAGAAUGGGUGUUGAAUUUUUAAAAAGACUGAUCUGUUAUACAUUUUCCUUCUUUCACUAGAUAAGGUGUGACUGGAAUCUGAAUUACGUCUGAUAUUAACCUUAUUGUACUCAGCCUAUUGUUCUGUACAAUGUUGAUGAUAAAUUUUAUAAAAUCUAAUCUACUCAAAUAAAUUUUACUACAGGCUUUCUGAUUUUCACAAUGGAAGUCUUUAACACUUUAUUUACUAGAUCUCUAAACCUUCUGGCUGGUCCAGAAUUUUCUUUUCUUUACCACGUUAAUCGAUUGUUAGUUUCACACAGUUCCACUGAAAUUGUCACUGAUUUUGUCUUUUAAGUUCAAGACUCAGUCUGAAAUGCAGAGCAAUACAAAUGAAACGGCACUCUGAUAAAGCGAGCAAAAUGAAAUAAGACUGAGUCCAACCAAAGAUUUCGAUUGCACAGUCUUUUUAAGUUAUACUGUAAGUUGUAAUUUUAUUUGUAUAGCUAUUUUAACAUUUUACACAAAUUAGAAUUUCAUAAUUAAGGUAUUAAAAUUUAGGUAAAUUACCUAUUUGUUUACCUUACGUUUAACAUUGACUCAAUAGUUUUAAUUUAGGUUAUUUUUCAUGUAUAUACAUAGUUUUUAACAUGACAUUUUUUAAUCAAACAUUUGUAUACAUAUGUCUUUGUUUAUGUAUUUUACCAUGAUUUGUAUGUGUUUUGUAGCUCUCUAGUGUAGACUCUUAGUUGAUCAAUAAUGUUUACAAUAAGAUAUGUUAGAUUGUGUUAGUGAACUAUCAUCACUCAUGUAGUGUUAAUACUAUGUCAAUUCAAUUUGAAAGAGAAGUCUAGGUACCCUCUAGUCACCCAUCACAUCAAGCUCUUUUGCAUUUUAACUUUUAUCAAAGAUAAAUCAUUUAAAAUUGUUCUCUAUCGUUUUACAUGGCACAGCACUGAUUUGCACAAAAUUGCUUUCUUGUGUUAAGUUUUUUUUUUGUAUAUUAUCGCUUCUAGUUCUAGUACAAAUUGUCAGUAACUCACAACCUUGAUAAACAUUUUCGAUCCUGACCAUCCCUUAGCAAUAAAAUUCUCCUUUUGUUGAUUUUACAUAAGUUUACUUUAAUUCACUUCAAACAAAAAGAGUUUCAGUAUUCAUUAUCUAUCAUGUUAAAUCACAAGGAGUCCGCCGAGUGCUGAUAUUCAAUAGUUACCGUCGUUGCUCAAUGCAUCAGAGCUUGGUGAUUCUCCUCUCAAGCAAUUUGCUUUCUUCAUAUGGGAUAUGAGUUGCCCUUUUCUGUAUUAUACUUUUAAUUUUUUUGCAUCCCGAAUCCAUGUUUCUUUUCCGUAGGCUAAGAAUAUUAUAUAUAUAGCUAUUUUGUAAAUAUACGAUGUUUCUUAAGUACAUAUGUUUACUAUUUAAACUAUUACUAUUAACGAGCAUAUAUUAUUAUACAUGUAAAUGCUUCUUCCAUCGUGCAGUGCCAGCCAAGCUGUUUUUUAAUCUUUAAUAGUUUAGAGUUUUGUAAUAAUAAAAUAUUAAAAAGCAAAAAGGACAGGUUUAGAGUAGAAUAUGACGCAUGGAUUGUAACAUUAAAAUAGUUGAGAUUUGAAAUUUAUUUAAAUAAUAAGAUAUACACGUUUCACUAGUUUGCCUUUUGUAUACGUGAGGCAUAAUUUUAAUAUAACAGGUUGUUUUUAUAGGCGUAAAUGUAAGAUAAUUGUCUAGUUUUGUUUUGUAAAACGUUGGAAACGUGAGACCGUUUGUUGAUGAUAGUAGUUUUGUCACUAUAAGAUGUUAAACUCACUACAGGAAGAUGACCUUCUCGACUACGACACUCCAUGUAAAAUAUUUAUACCCUCUCAUUCCAAACACCGAGUCCAUUGUAUAUUUUGUACAAUGUAUCCGUUAAUUUAUUUAAUCGUCGAAAAUUAAUUGUAUUUUUGUAGAUGUUUAUAGUUGAUUGUAAAUUCUAAUUUUAUUCGUUUUAGGCUAAUUUUUACUCCAAGUGUAAAUAGUUUCAUGAGAGUGGCCUAAGCUUCCCAAAAAGAAAGGGUUUUAUUUUCUCUUGUUGGAGUGAUUCUUAGCCUAAAUGAUCGUGUUUAGAGUUUGUUAAUUUUUAGCCCGGUUCAUUGCUUUAUAUCGAUUAGUUUUGUAUAGUUUAAUCCCGUUUCUACAUUGUGACUGCUAAAUGGAAGAGUUGUGUUCAUAUUUCAGGUUCUUCUACUAACAAAGAACUGUAACUCGCAAACAAAUCGCUAUUGCCAUUUGAAUCUUCUUUGAUUUGGCUUCUUUGUUUUUAUUUCGCUUAUGUCUUCGGAUGCGACCCUCUUCUCUACGCAGGUUUCGUAGGUAUCGGUCUCAACUUUACUACUGAUAAUUAUUCACAAUAUUGGAAAUAACAAGACUCGUUGAUCAAAAUGUAACAUAUUGCAAAAUUUGUAUCUAAAAUUACAAAUGUCAUCAAGGUGACAUGAUUAGACUCUUUACCAACUAAUGUCACUUCCCAACCAAAUGAAUACAAUAGUUAUCUAUCUGCGUGCCUGUAGCGGUUGAUGGCGACUUGUCACUUGUUUUCAUCAUACAUUAGAAUGUAUGUAGCUACUUGUAGGGGUGAUACGAUAGGUUUAGAAGAUUUUUGCCAUUUUUCUAUAACUCCAUCCCACCUCUUCCAUUGCCUCGGUUUUUCAGUUGGGUUGCAAUGGAUGCCGAAUAGUCCUGACGGUAGCGACUGUCUAUUGUUAACACACGCUGAUUAUAUUACAUAGUUGCAACUUUAGCAUCCUCUUUGUAUUUUGUAUCAUCACAUCAGUAUAUAAUUUUAUUUGUGAUCAUGUAAUGAACCAAUAUAUCAAUUAAAUGAUUUUGAUUAGGUAA